AUGGAGAUGGAAGUUAUGGGGUUCAUCCACCAAUGUAGAGGAUCCAACAAAGACGACGACAACACUUUCAGCAGAGUAAAUGGCGUCGAAAGAUCAUACUCAAAAUCAUGGCAAGAUCGAAUAGAAUCAAAAAGGGAUUUAACAAAAAGGUAUUACGAAGCAAGAGUAGUUGCAAGAUAUUCACCAAAUCGCACAUACAGUGGUCUCCUUCGUGUCUACUUGAGGGGGUCUACAUCUGGAUCAUGCAACCGAUCAUGGAUCCCAUCUCUCUGUUCGCUCCACUGUUCUCUGGGAUUAAUCUGGGUUGUUCGUUACAAGACAGACACAGAAUCGCACCUGGAGAAAUUACUGGAGAGGGAGAAAGAAGAUGGGAAGUUAUUGGGGAGGUGUGUGGAGGAAUUGAAGAAGAAAGGUUUGGAGUUUUAUUUGUUGAAGGAAGUUGAUGCACUUCAAAGGGCUAAAAGUUUGAGGGUUGAAGGUAAAGCAGUGAAGAAAUGGUCAACGAGAGACUCUGUUACUCUAUUUUUCUUCACUGUUUCUUGUUUGGUUCUUGCUCUUACUAGGGCCAUUCUCUGCAAUUGA